UUGCAAAAGGCGGUUGGGUCUGGUUUCGCCUGCCUGGCCCUGCGGACGCCCUGAAGAGGCUGAGGAAGGCACUUGCCUAUUGGAGUGCUCCCCCCAGCUGCGGUCGGGGCACUCGGAUGCAAGGCGCCGCACAGUCCGAGGUCGGAACUGCGCUGAUCAACGACGCCCCGUGCCCACCCCUUACCGAAAACGAUGGCGACGCGGCGGACGGGCCGCUCCGCACACCCAACACUCAGUUCCGCACACCCUGUCCCAGUCCUGAUGGGCAACAGAACUCCAGGCGGCCAGCUCACAGCAGGGCAGCAGGGAGACUUGCACGCCUGUGGUCUCUGCCUGCGCGGCCUCUGCAAGCGGCGUAGCAGAUGGCAUAAGAGCCGCAGCUGCGCUCUUUGCGCUGUGAGCCUGCCUGCAUGUGCGGCGCGCGCGUGGAGGCACACCGGCAGCGGCAAGGGCCUCCCGAGCCGGGCACUCCUAUCAGCGCACGCGGUUGGGCAGAUGGAAGGGCCGCACGCUCUGUGCCUGCGGUUGACCACAGCUGCCGCAGCCCCGCACACGCGCCGCACAUGCAGCGGCAGCGACAGCCAGCCGAGUGUUGGCCGGGCGGGGGGCACGAGGGCUGCUGGGGCUGCUGCCGGGAGCGCCGCGGGCUCAUAUGCAGGGCCCUGCACAUACCUGCCGAAUAAUGACGUCCUGCUGCCCGCUUGCUGCCUGCCGCGCUUCCGCGCCGCUGCGCUGCGGGCGGCGCUGAACUCGCCACUGCGCAUUGCAGCCACCCGCGCCGCCGCCGUGGCGGACCUGGUUGCAGCCGGCCCGGCAGCGGCGGCAGCGGCCGCGCAUCCGCCGCCGCUGCUGGCCCCCAGUGUGGGCGUGUGGCGGGCCCCGGUGGUGACGGCGGCCUCGGUUGUCAGCACGCGGGUGUGCCACGUGCACAUGCAGAUGUCGUUCCAGGUGCAGGUGGAGCGGGAGGCAGCAGCCAGGGCUGCAGGGGCCGGCGUGGCAAGCAGUGCGCUGAGGAGGCGCGCCACCAGCGCAUCUGCCGCAGCUCGGCUGUCAGGCGCCGUGCGGCGGCGGCCCCGGGUGCGGGGCUGCAGGUAGCAUGGCGCUGGCUAGUAAGUAAGACGACAACAUGCAAAGCCGCAUGGCCAACGGAAGCAUUGAACGCAUUUUGCGCACAUGGGUGGCAACGCAUGCUUGUGAUCUUUUGCAGUUGAGGCGCGGCGGAGAUUGUGUUGUGGAUUGAAGUGGCUGGUUUCAAGGUCCUUUCAAUUCCGUAGAAGCCCUACGUUCUUGCUGGCUUCAAUAAUGCCGGGGCAGGAAGUCGGGCGGUAUCCAAAGAGGUUGCGGUCUUGAGUGUCGUCAACGUCGUACCGUAUGGUUGAUCACAGGUCACAGGCAAGUGUUGCAGGCAGUGAGCAACGCGCGUGGGCACGUCCGUGGUACGGAAUUAGAUGUGAGGCUUUUCCAAGACAUGAAGCCCGCCUACACCGUUCCUGCUACCGGUAUCGCCCGAAGUAGGUGUAGACCGAACAUAUUGGUGUGCCGUGUGUAGCCGUGUGUAGCGGCACGGCAAGGGGCCCGAAUGCCCCAUCGUCACUGCAAGAUUCCUCCAUGGGCCGCGGGCCGCGAAGCCGCCGAAGCCUGAGCGGGUCGGCCAACGGGCAGUCCGCGGGCGAGGGCGCUGUAGAAUGCAUGGCACGGAUUCCGUUUUACCUGCCUGAGCGGUCGGGCAGUACCGGUUGGCAGUACCAUGAUUGGCGCACACUCCGCUGCUAAAGAGCUGCGUUAUGCUGUACCGCUGUAAGAACCGAGGCGA